AUAUGUGUCACGUCUUUAUUAUAUCAAUGUUUCUGUAAUACAAAAAUAAUAUUUCAGCCCGAUAUGUUUAAGGCCAUACCGUAUAUAGUUAAAUUGCACAUGUGUAAGCAUGUAGACCCGCGCGUCAACCGCGUGGCCUACUUUUACCAGAACAACACUCGGCCACAGAAAACUACUUAUUCGCAGGUUCAAGUAAGGGACCCCUGUAAGCAACCUGACCCCUGCCCGCCACCGCCAAAGGACGACCGGGCUUUUUGGGGCGCUAUGGCCAUCCUCUUUACCAUGGGCUGCUUCGGUGUAUAUUGCAAGCACACGCCAGAAGCCCGCGACUGGCUCAGCAUAAACGCGGCAUGGUUCGACGACCUCAUCGCCAUCGCCUACCAGGAGAACAAGACUUACGGGGAACAUGCCAAAGACUUCGUGAAGGCUAUCCAGGAGUAUAUGAAUAGGCCAGAGCCUCCGCGACUAUGUGAUUCGGCGGGGAAACCUAUCAAGCAACUCAUGGCGUACCAGGAGAACAAGACUUACGGGGAACAUGCCAAAGACUUCGUGAAGGCUAUACAGGAGUAUAUGAAUAGGUCAGAGCCUCCUCGACUAUGUGAUUCGGCGGGGAAGCCUAUCAAACAACCGCCAAAAGAAAAGAAGAAAGAAGCCAUAGAUAUAGUGUGCCCUAAAAAACCAGAGGAUGAAGGACCACUGGAUCCCAAGAAAUGUCCCGUAGCAAUGAAGCCUGCGUCCCUGAAGACCAUAUGCGACAUUGAGAAGUGCCUGCUCAGCACUGGGGAAGAGUGCCUCAAUAACUACUGGACGGCGAAAGAGGCCUGCAGAGUGUACAAUGAAUUGGUAGAAGACCACCUGACGAACUUCACGUUGGACCGGCUGAAGGCCCUUCGACCGGCGAUGCUGGAACGGUUCAGGUUGCUGAACGAACACGCGUGUGCUGCUACAAAACAUCUGCACACUUUAGAGGAACUGGGCCGCAUAAUGGAGUGCGGCGUGAGCGCGCCGAAGGACGCCGUGGACAACACCAACGCCAUGCUGAAGCAGUUCAUGGCGCAGGUGAAGGCGAUGCAGACCGAGUACGUGUGGGAGCAGGACCGCGCGCUCGCCGCCGACGCCAAGUGGCAAUAUGUCGAAAAACUGUUGGAUCAAUACAUCAAAGAAAACGAAGUAAUGUUCCCAGGGACAGCCUACGACAGCGAAAAACCCAACAUCGUUGGCGGCACUGACCUCCUGUUGAUACAUACACUCAAAUAUAAAAAUAUGUUAGAAGCUGUGUUGAAAGCGGAUUCCCAAGCUGCCUCCGAAAGAGCGGGACGAGGCGUGGCAACGUUGCCACAAGAUGCAAAUGCUGUGAAAGCUCGUGAAGCGCUCAUACUAAAUGCGUAUAGGAAAAAACAGGGGGAAUUGGAUCAAUGGUAUAAAAUGAAGCUAGACUGGCAGAAAGGUGAAGUGGACAAAGCUUUGAAAAAAGCGGUGGCUGAAUCAAAAGAACGACACGAGCGUCAAAUGGUUAUCAAUCUGAAACAAAAGGAAGAGGAGGCUACAAAAAAGUUGAAUAAAAUGGUGGACGAAGCGGUGGAAGCGCAGAAGGCUAAGUUUGCUCGAGAGCUUAGAGACUUGUCACUGAAAGUUCAGGCUACAGAGAAUAAACUAGAAGCGCGUCUAAAAGCCGAGCGAGAAGCGAAGCGCUCUCAACAGCUGUGGUCUGCCGGGGCUUCCUUACUCGCUAAGACUAAGAAAGGAGACCCGCACGUUUGUGUGGCCAGGGAGAUUAAAGCUAUCGAAGCGGCUGUUGGUGAUGGCGACAAACUCGUGUUGACUGUACUAAAAUCCAUACCAGAGCAAGUGCGCAAGGAAGGACUGGUGCCGGAGAGUGUACUGCGGGAACGAUACCACCUGAUGGAGAAAACGGCCAAACAUGUGGCCCUGGUGGAGUUAGAAGGCAGCCCGAUGCCGGUCUACAUCGUCUCCUGGAUUCAAUCUAUGCUUCUCUUUAUGAGGCUAUCUGGCAUUCCGCAAAAGGACAUUGACAAUCCGAUGAAAUGCAAGAAAGAACUUGAGGAGUUGGAUACAUUCGACCGAUUAAAUUAUGCCAGGUAUUGGAUAGAGCAAGGAAACCUAGCCCCAGCGCUUCGCUACGUCGAGUCGCUAGAGGGCGCCUCUCGCGUCGCCGCUGAUACGUGGUACAAGGACGCUAAGACCCAUCUCGAGAUCAAGCAAGCUGCUGAGGCGGUCAUAGCACACGCUACUGCCUUGGCCUUGCAAUAUACUUGAGUAUCAACGCGUGGUUUGGCAGUUUGACUA